UGGCAUUGAAGGUCGGACAUGUAUUACAGCUACACCGCCGUCCGACCCUUGUAGGUGUCCGCCAUGUGUGUCAGUAGGCUUUCUAUUUUCAGAAAUGCACUUAAUAAAUACUUAAACGUAUCACCGUCACGGAGUUAGUACUAAUCCCCUUUUUACAGACGCGCUGAGUCGAGGAGUUCUACAGCAACAGGAUGGCGUCUCCUUCACCCCAUGAUCGCAGCAGGAAGGAUGACGAGGACGACCCCGUCGAGCAGAUGAUAUCCCGCACCGGCUGCGCUGAGCUCCACUACGCUGUACAGGAUUGCAUGGCCGAACACCAGGACUGGCGAGUUUGCCAGACCCAGGUCCAGGCGUUUAAAGACUGCAUGAUGAAUUUCCAAAACAGACGGAAAGAGCAGCUUAAGAAGCAGCAAGUUUCCACUGACUCUGCAGCCAGAUGAGCAUCCAAAUGGUCACUCUGACAUUAUUUAAGUGCUGAACCUGUUAAAAAAAGAAACACAAUAUUAUUUGGUGCGUUCAUUUUUCAAUGUGGACUGAUCAAAAUAAACUAUUCGAGCCUUUAA